ACACGCUCACACACUCAGGAGCGGAGGCUCAGAGAGGAACACACAACGAGAGAGCGAGAGAGAGAGGUUGGAGAUCCUUCACUGGUUUUACACUUACAACCCAUCAGGAUCUAAAGAUGUGGACUGAAGUCGCGAAGCUCGUGCUAUUGAAUUUGUUACUCAUGGAGCUGCAUUGUGCUAAAGGAACUCAUACAGAGUCGGAGUGUGAAACUGGGCAGUUUCAGUGCAAGAACGGACGCUGCAUCCCGACCCUGUGGAGAUGUGAUGAUGAUGAUGAUUGCUCAGACAGCAGCGAUGAGGAGAACUGUCCAAAGAAAACAUGUGCGACCACGGACUUCGCCUGCAAAAAUGGCCAGUGUGUCCCUGCCAGGUGGCGCUGUGACGGGGAACCAGAGUGUGCAGACGGAUCCGACGAGGCUGAUGCAAUCUGCAGCCGGCAGACGUGUCCACCAGAGAAGUUUGACUGCGGAGGGGCCACCAGCAAAUGUGUUUCGUUAUCGUGGCGAUGUGAUGGAGAGAGGGACUGUGAGAACGGUGCAGAUGAGGAGCAGUGCGCUGCAGAUGCCAAGGCCUGCCCUUCCAAAGACUUCCAGUGCCGUAAUGGGAAGUGUGUGGCGCCGAUCUUCGUCUGUGAUGGCGAUGAUGACUGUGGGGACGCCAGCGAUGAGGAGAAGUGUUCAGCUCCCACCUGUGGCCAGCACGAGUUCCGCUGCAAUGACUCAGAGUGCAUCCCCGCACUCUGGAGCUGUGACGGCGACCCGGACUGCAAGGACAAGUCGGACGAGUCGAUGGAGCGCUGCAGCAGGAGGACGGAGCCUCAGAAACCUCGCUGUCCCGUGGGAGAGUUCCAGUGUGGCAGUGGGGAAUGUGUCCACAUGAACUGGAAGUGUGAUGGAGAUGCUGACUGCAAGGAUAAGUCAGAUGAAGCAAACUGUCCUCUGCUCACCUGUCGACCUGAUGAGUUCCAGUGUGGUGAUGGGUCCUGUAUCCACGGAACAAAGCAGUGUAAUAAAGUGCAUGACUGUCCGGACUUCAGUGAUGAAGCUGGUUGUGUCAACAUUACAAAGUGUGAUGGGCCGAGGAAGUUCCGCUGUAAGAACGGGGAGUGUAUCGACAGCACCAAGGUGUGUGACAACGUGAAAGACUGCAAAGACUGGUCUGAUGAACCCAUAAAGGAGUGCGGCAUUAAUGAGUGUGCAGACAACAAUGGCGGCUGCUCCCACAUCUGCCGAGACCGGAGAAUCGGUUACGAGUGUGACUGUCCCUCCGGGUACAAACUGCUGGACAAAAAGACUUGUGGAGACAUAGACGAAUGUGAGAACCCAGACGCCUGCAGUCAGAUCUGCAUCAACUACAAAGGGGAUUAUAAAUGUGAAUGCUACGAAGGCUACGAGAUGGACCCUGCCUCUAAGACCUGCAAGGCCGUGGGAAAGAGUCCAUACCUGUUGUUCACUAACCGUCAUGAGAUCCGUCGCAUCGACCUGCUGAAGAGUGAGUACGCUCAGGUGGUUCCCACGCUGAAGAACGCUGUGGCCCUGGAUGUGGAUGUGUCCACCAACAAGAUGUUCUGGUGCGAUCUGUAUCAUCGGAAAAUAUACAGUGCUUACAUCAACAAGGCCAGCGACUCGUCCGAGCAGGUGACUCUGAUCGACUCUCUGCACUCCCCUGAGGGCCUGGCUGUCGACUGGGUCCACAAAAACAUCUACUGGACCGACUCAGGCAACAAGAGCAUCUCCGUAGCCACGGGAGACGGCAGGAAGAAGAAAGUGCUGAUAGCCACCGAGCUGAGCGAGCCGCGGGCCAUCGCCGUGGAUCCACACCAAGGCUUUAUGUACUGGUCAGACUGGGGGGGCCAGGCCAAAAUCGAGAAGUCUGGGUUGAAUGGAGUGGAUCGACAAGUUCUGGUGUCAGAACACAUCGAGUGGCCCAAUGGAAUCACUCUGGAUUUGUCAAACAGGCGUCUGUACUGGGUGGACUCCAAGCUACACCUGCUAUCCAGUGUGGAUCUGAAUGGAGACAACCGCAAAGUGCUGCUGUCCUCCCAUCACCACUUGGGUCACCCUUUCGCCCUCACUGUGUUUGAGGAUCGAAUAUACUGGACAGACUUGGAAGAUGAAGCGAUAUACAGUGCCAACCGGCUGACAGGAAACGAUGUGGCAAAAGUGGCAGAGCAUCUCAACAACCCGCUCGACCUGGUGGUGUUUCAUGAACAAAGACAGCCCAAGGCUCCUGAUGCCUGUAACUUGGGCAGUCUGCCUAACGGCGGUUGUGAAUACCUGUGUCUGAAAGCCCCUCAGAUCACCGACCACUCUCCCAAGUACACCUGUGCCUGUCCUGAUGGCAUGGAGCUGGGACCAGACAUGAGGCGCUGCGCUGUAGUCCGGCAAAGAACAACGACAACAGCUGCUCCGACCACCACUGCCACUACAACUCCUCUCACAACCACCACAGGUCCUAUAACAACAAUCACAACAACCCUCCCCACCACCACGAGUCCCCCAACAACCACGACCAAAAGCACCACCACCACCACCACCACCACUACCUCCGCUUCGACACCCAGGCCCACAUCCAGACGCCUGACGACACCGGCCACCAGGAGCACGUCUACAGAGCAUUCUCAGACCCGCGCCGCCACGAGCACAGAGACGACCAGCUUCAAAAGCAGGAGUCAGAGCUCCACUUCCACACACACACCCCUACUGGGCCCAGUGCCUCCCAUUCAGAAAGAGAGCAACGGCAACCUCUCCCACAGAGGUAAGGACCACGGUGAGCAGGGUUCAUGA